AUGGUCGUCUCUACACACAACGUUCUCCGUGUCGGCUUUGUCCCGGAACACUUCUCAUCCCCUCUGCACAUGGCCGUCGAGCUGGGCUACUUUGAGAAGGAGGGUGUCGUUGUCGAGCGGGUGUGCUGUCCUAGUGGCACAGGAGAGAUGACGGCUAAACUCAUUGACGGAUCACUCGAUGUCGCCAUCGCACUCACAGAAGGGCUCUUGGCCGGCAUUGCAAAGGGCCAUGACGCCUACAAAAUCGUUGGCACCUAUGUCGAGUCCCCACUCUGCUGGGCAAUUUCGGUCGGUCAGGAUUCACGCCACACCGAUCGCAAGAGUCUUCGGAACGGCACAAUCGGCAUCUCGAGGAUCGGCAGUGGAAGUCAUAUCAUCCCCUACGUCCUUGCAGAUCAGGAAGGCUGGCUCAAGGGCGCCUCUCCUGCAGACCCUGAAUACAAGGCACCCUUUGAGUUCAAGGUCCUCAACACCUUCCAGAACAUGAGGGAUUCUGUUAACGAUGGAUCUUCAGAUGCCUUCCUCUGGGAGAAGUUCACCACCAAGCCAUACCACGAUUCAAAGGAAGUCCGCUCGGUCGACGUGAUCACCCCACCCUGGCCUGCCUUCAUGAUCGCAGCCUCGACCCGCCAUCUCCCCACCAUCGCCGACCCCACCCGCCAAUCCGUCCUCGCCCGAUUCCUCAAAGCCCUCACCAAAUCAACCCAAUUCUUCGUGGCACCCGAGAACUACGAGAGUUCGAUCGCAUUCGUACAGGAAAAGAUGUCGUAUGAUCGUCAGGAUGUUCAGGAUUGGUUCAAGGGGGUGAAGUACCCUGUCGAAGGAGGGUGUGAUCAGAUUAGUGAGGAGGCUCUUAUGCACUGUGAAAAGACGUUGGUGGAGGUCGGCGUUAUUCAGAAGGGCCAGGAGGCGGAUGUUAAGGAGCGAUUGAGGACCAAGUAUGUCAACACUAAUGUCGCCCAGCUUAUUUAA